GGAGCUAUAAUAUAAAUCCUUGCCCCCCUGCACAAGCAAAACACCCAAUUUUAUGUUCGUUCUUGUUCAUCUACGUAGUAUAAAACUCCUUCGUCACUGAAAUCCUCUUCUUCGAUCUCCUGGAUUUUCUCCCCUCUUCUCAACCAUGGUGCUCGAGGCGACUAUGAUCUGUAUCGAUAAUUCGGAGUGGAUGCGUAAUGGUGAUUACUCGCCCACCAGAUUUCAAGCUCUUUCUGAUGCGGUUAAUCUCAUCUGCGGCGCUAAAACUCAGUCUAAUCCGGAGAAUACUGUCGGAAUUCUGACUAUGGCUGGAAAAGGUGUUCGUGUUUUGGUCACUCCCACCAGCGAUCUUGGAAAGAUAUUGGCUUGUAUGCACGGACUGGAAGUUGGUGGUGAAAUGAACUUGGCUGCUGGAAUUCAGGUGGCUCAAUUGGCUCUUAAACAUCGACAAAACAAAAAACAGCAACAAAGGAUCAUAGUUUUUGCAGGAAGUCCUGUCAAAUAUGACAAAAAAGUAUUGGAGAUGAUUGGGAGGAAGUUGAAAAAGAACAGCGUGGCCCUUGAUGUUGUUGAUUUUGGUGAAGAUGAGGAAGGGAAGUCAGAGAAACUUGAGGCCUUAGUUUCUGCAGUAAAUAACAACGAAACCAGCCAUAUUGUCCAUGUGCCUCCAGGUGCCAGUGCGCUGUCCGAUGUGCUGAUAAGUACUCCCAUAUUUACUGGAGAUGGGGAAGGAGGAAGUGGUUUUGCUGCUGCUGCCGCCGCUGCUGCAGCUGGUGGUGUUUCUGGAUUUGAUUUCGGUGUAGAUCCUAAUUUGGAUCCUGAGCUGGCUCUUGCCCUUAGAGUUUCAAUGGAAGAAGAGAGGGCAAGGCAAGAAGCAGCUGCAAAAAGGGCAGCAGAAGAAGCAACCAGACAAGAAAAAGGAGGGGAACAAAGCUCCCAAGACACAACUAUGGGGGAAAGUAGCAAUGCUGCAAAUUCAGAAGCUGAUAAGAAAAAUGACAUGACUGAGGAUGAUGAGAAUGCCCUGCUGCAGCAGGCACUGGCAAUGUCAAUGGAUGACCCUGCCUCCACUACAGCUGUGCGAGAUACUGAUAUGUCAGAUGCAGCUGAUGACCAGGACUUGCAACUUGCUCUUCAGCUCUCGGUAGAGGAAGGUGCCAAAGAGUCAACAAGUCAGUCAAGUCAGACAGAUAUGACUAAAUUGCUGGCAGACCAGUCUUUUGUUUCAUCCAUUCUCGCUUCGCUUCCUGGAGUUGACCCAAAUGAUCCCUCGGUGAAGGAUUUGCUGGCUUCCAUGCACAAUCAGUCUGAGAAGAAGGAUGAUGAGGAUAAGCCCCCAAGUGAAGAGGAGAAGAAAUGAUGCAAUCUCUUUGUCAAGUCUCAGGUCUCUUUGCUGCUCCUGCUUAGUAUGACUUAAUCAGAGGGGCCUUGGUAAUUUGUAAAAUGGCUUUGAUAUAUGCUGACUUUGUAUUUUUCGCUUGAAAAGGGAAGGUCACAUUAUGGUCCAAAUGUUGCUCAUAGCACGAAGAGUUUUAACAACGUUUUAAGUCCCAGGUUAAAUCUGUGAAGCACCGAGACAAUGUGCAUUUCUUCAUUGUUAAAAUUAUUGCUUGAAAAGGGAAGGUCACAUUAUGGUCCAACGUUGGGUUAGUUAUUGCGUUGGUUAGUUUCACAUUUUUUUACCCAAUUGAUGCAAUUGUCUCAAAGACUUUUCUUCUAGUUGCAAAUGGAUAUCAUUCCAUAGAGGUUA